UCAGAACCAAAGACGGAGUUAGGAAACCCAAAAAAGCAGAACGAGGAACCGAAGGGUUCUACGACUCUCUCCCCUGCCCCCUAUACCUAUCUCCAUCUCUUCUUUCAUAUCCGAUGAAGUCGAGCCAAGCAGAAGCAGCUUCAUCGUCAUCCAACUCUGCCUUCUCCGACCCACCACAGCAACCGGUGGCGGUUCCUUCGUCAACGUCGCCUGCGGCGACGGCAUCGGAGAAGACGGCCUCUGUAUCAAUAUCAGCUGCGGAAGAACCUGCGGGUUCCCGGGAAGGGGGCGGUCAAGAAUCGGUCUCUGUGGAGCGUCGUGGAGAUCAUUCGGCGGUGUGUCGAUGGACGGUCGUCAAUUUCCCCAAGGUGAAAGCUAGGGCACUAUGGAGCCGUUACUUCGAGGUCGGUGGGUACGACUGUCGUCUACUCGUAUACCCGAAAGGAGACUCUCAAGCCCUCCCUGGUUACUUCUCCAUUUACCUUCAAAUCAUGGAUCCUCGGGGGUCCUCUUCUUCCAAAUGGGAUUGCUUCGCUAGUUAUCGGCUCUCCAUCGUUAACCAUCUCGACGAGUCCAAGUCCAUUCAAAGAGACUCGUGGCAUCGAUUCUCAAGCAAGAAGAAAUCUCAUGGUUGGUGCGACUUUACCCCUUCUUCCUCAAUUCUUGAACCCAAAGCCGGUUUCCUCUUCAACAACGACUCUGUUCUCAUUACUGCCGAUAUCCUCGUAUUGAAUGAAUCCAUUUCCUUCACCCGUGAUAACAAUGAGUUACAGUCUUCAUCGUCGUCUUCCUCGGUUGUCGUUUCCGGUCCUGUUUCCGACGUCUUGAAUGGGAAGUUCACUUGGAAGGUUCAUAAUUUCAGUCUGUUUAAGGAGAUGAUCAAAACCCAGAAGAUAAUGAGCCCUGUUUUCCCUGCUGGGGAAUGUAAUCUUAGGAUUAGUGUCUACCAGAGCUCUGUCAAUGGGGUUGAGUAUCUGUCAAUGUGUUUGGAGAGCAAGGACACCGAGAAGUCCGUUGUUCCCGACCGGAGCUGCUGGUGUUUGUUCCGAAUGUCGGUGUUGAACCAGAAGCCUGGGCUUAACCACAUGCACAGAGACUCUUAUGGACGCUUCGCAGCGGAUAAUAAGAGUGGGGAUAAUACUAGUUUAGGUUGGAAUGAUUACAUGAAAAUGUCAGACUUUAUCGGGCCGGAAUCAGGGUUCCUUGUCGAUGAUAUUGCUGUUUUCAGCGCAUCAUUUCAUGUGAUUAAGGAGUCCAGUUGCUUCUCUAAGAAUGGAGGUUGGCUUGGAGGGAGGAUUGGCGGAGCAAGGAAGUCCGAUGGCUAUCUGGGUAAGUUCACUUGGAGGAUUGAGAAUUUUACCAGGUUGAAGGAUCUUCUUAAGAAGAGGAAGAUUACGGGUCUGUGUGUCAAGAGCAGGAGGUUUCAGAUUGGUAACAGGGAUUGUCGCCUUAUUGUUUAUCCCAGAGGGCAGUCUCAGCCACCAUGCCACCUUUCGGUAUUUCUUGAAGUGACAGAUUCCCGAAAUACUUCCAGCGACUGGAGCUGUUUUGUCAGUCAUAGGUUGUCGGUUGUGAAUCAGAGAAUGGAGGACAAGUCUGUUACAAAGGAGUCACAGAACCGUUACUCCAAGGCUGCAAAGGACUGGGGUUGGCGUGAGUUUGUGACGCUUACCAGUCUCUUUGAUCAGGACUCUGGGUUUCUUGUUCAAGACACUGUUGUGUUCUCGGCAGAGGUGCUUAUCUUGAAGGAGACCUCUAUAAUGCAGGAUUUUUCUGGUCGGGAGUCAGAUACAAGCAAUGCUGGUUCCCAAAUUGAUGGGGUUGGGAAAAGAGGGUCAUUUACAUGGAAGGUGGAGAACUUCUUAGCCUUCAAGGAAAUAAUGGAAACCCGAAAGAUCUUUAGCAAAUUCUUUCAGGCUGGUGGAUGUGAGCUUCGUAUUGGUGUUUAUGAAUCCUUUGACACUAUCUGUAUAUAUCUGGAGAGUGAUCAAUCAGUUGGAAGUGACCCAGACAAGAAUUUUUGGGUCAGAUACAGGAUGGCCAUGGUGAAUCAAAAGAAUCCUGCCAAAACUGUGUGGAAAGAGUCCUCUAUCUGUACAAAGACAUGGAAUAAUUCUGUUCUCCAAUUCAUGAAGGUCUCUGAUAUGCUGGAAGCAGAUGCCGGAUUUCUUGUACGCGACACAGUUGUUUUUGUUUGCGAGAUUGUUGAUUGCUGCCCGUGGUUUGAGUUUUCAGACCUCGAGGUUUUGGCUUCUGAGGAUGAUCAAGAUGCUUUGUCGACUGACCCUGAUGAGCUUAUUGAUUCUGAAGACAGUGAAGGAAUUAGUGGUGAUGAGGAAGACAUCUUUAGAAACCUUCUUGCUAGAGCAGGGUUUCACCUUACAUAUGGAGAUAAUUCUUCACAGCCACAGGUCACUUUAAGGGAAAAGCUUUUAAUGGAUGCUGGUGCAAUAGCUGGUUUUCUUACUGGGCUUCGUGUCUAUCUUGAUGACCCUGCUAAAGUAAAGCGCUUGCUUCUCCCCACCAAACUCUCUAGCAGUAAUGAUGGGAAGAAGGAGGUCACACGGACAGAUGAAUCUUCUCCCAGUGUGAUGAAUCUGCUGAUGGGGGUUAAAGUUUUGCAGCAGGCAAUCAUUGAUUUACUUUUAGACAUAAUGGUUGAAUGCUGCCAACCCUCGGAAGGAAGAUCUGGUGAUGAUUCUUCUGAAACCUGCUCAAAUCCUUCCCCAGAUAACAAUGGAGCCAGCAGUCCAUCAGAAUCCUGCAGGGAAACUGGAGCGACGGAAUCUGUGCAAUCUCCUGUAUAUGAGAGGUUAGACUCUGGGGCAGAUGAAAAUACUAAUACCUAUGCAGUACAAAGCUCGGACAUGAAUAGAAGUGAUAUAGCUGGAAAGGCUGUCCCUGGACAGCCUAUUACUCCUCCAGAGACAUCUGCAGGGGGCCUUCCUGUUGACAAUGGUUUCAUUCGAUCUUCCAAGACAAAGUGCCCGGAGCAGUCUGAGGAGCUCUUGGAAUUAAUUGUAAAUUCCCUGCGAACAAUAGAUGGUGCUGUUCCACAAGGUGGUCCCGAGCCACGUAGAAGGCCUCAGUCUGCACAAAAGAUUGCUCUUGUAAUUGAUAAAGCCCCUAAACAUCUGCAACCAGACCUAGUUUCUUUGGUUCCCAAAUUGGUUGAUCAGUCAGAGCAUCCACUUGCUGCUUGUGCACUUUUGGAUCGACUUCAAAAACCAGAUGCCGAGCCUGCAUUUCGACUGCCAGUUCUGGGUGCCCUUAGUCAAUUGGAGUUUGGCAGUGAAGUGUGGGAACGUGUCUUAUUUCAGACUUUCAAGCUGUUGACAGAUUCAAAUGAUGAACCACUUGCAGCAACCAUUAGUUUUAUAUUUAAAGCUGCAUCUCAAUGCCAGCAUCUUCCUCAAGCAGUCAGAAUGGUUCGUGCUAGGCUGAAAAGUUUGGGAGUUGAAGUGUCAUUUAGUGUCCUGGAUGUUCUGGCCAAAACCAUGAGUAGGUGGGCUGAUGUCGCUGAAACAAUGUUGAGGGAGAUAGAUUCUGAUUGUGAGCUCGAUGACUGCUGCUUAACAACACCAUGUGGGCUCUUUUUGUAUGGUGAAAAUGAAUUUACUGCUGAAAGGUUGCAUUUGGUAGAGGAGCAGAUUGUGAAUGCAGGUCGUCAUUUUGCUGAUGUUUAUAUCCUGAUAGAGAUGUUAUCCAUACCUUGCCUUGCUGUUGAAGCUUCUCAAGUUUUUGAGAGAGCCGUAUCUCGUGGGGCCAUAUUGGCUCAGUCAGUAGCCAUGGUCUUGGAAAGACGCCAUGCUCAAAGUCUGGGUAUUAAUUUUAGAUCUGUUGCUGAGAAUUUUCAAUAUAAAGAUACAGUAGAGGGAAAGAUCAAUGAGUCAUUGCCAGUCCAGGAAGAUGAUUUUGCUCCUGUUCUUGGUCUUGCUGAAGCAUUGGCUCUCUCUAGGGACCCUCAAGUGCAAGGGUUUGUGAGGAUGCUAUAUGCUAUAUUGUUUAAACUGUAUGCUGAUGAGGGAUAUCGAGUCAGGAUGUUGAAAGGGCUUAUUGAUCGGGCCACUAGCACUACUGAUAACUGUCGAGAAGUAGACUUAGAUUUGGAUAUUUUGGUGUUUUUGGUCCGCGAAGAACAAGGGAUUGCCAUGCCAGUUCUGAGCAUGAUGCGGGAAGUUACUGAGCUGGCCAAUGUGGAUCGAGCUGCUCUUUGGCAUCAGUUAUGUGCUAGUGAAGAUGAAAAUACCCGUGCUCGCGAAGAAAGACAAGCUGAAGUUUCCAAUAUGGCUAGAGAGAAAGCUAUGUUGUCACAAAGGCUGAGUGAAUCUGAGGCAACUAAUAACCGUCUUAAGGCUGAGAUGAGGGCUGAAAUGGAUCGGUUUGCUCGGGAAAAGAAGGAGCUUUCUGAACAGACACAAGAAGUUGAGAAUCAGCUUGAAUGGCUACGCUCAGAACGGGAUGAUGAAAUUGCAAAGCUUUCCUCUGAGAAGAAGGUUCUUCAGGACCGUCUUCAUGACGCUGAGACUCAACUUUCACAGUUGAAGUCUCGAAAGCGUGAUGAGCUGAAGAGAGUAGUGAAAGAGAAAAAUGCUCUAGCUGAAAGGUUAAAGAGUGCAGAAGCUGCACGGAAAAGAUUUGAUGAAGAACUCAAACGUUAUGCCACUGAGACUGUGACUCGAGAGGAAGUCCGACAGUCCCUUGAGGACGAAGUCAGACGUUUGACACAAACAGUUGGACAAACUGAAGGAGAAAAGAGGGAGAAGGAAGAACAGGUUGCUCGAUGUGAGGCAUUCAUUGAUGGGAUGGAAGCAAAAUUACAUGCCUGCCAGCAAUAUAUCCAUACUCUUGAGGCUUCUCUUCAAGAAGAGAUGUCACGACAUGCCCCCCUCUAUGGUGCGGGCUUGGAAGCUUUGUCAAUGAAAGAGUUGGAAACGUUGUCACGUAUCCAUGAAGAAGGUCUCAGGCAGAUCAACGCACUCCAACAACGGAAAGGGGGUGCUGGUGGCAGCCCUUUAGUGAGCCCCCAUGCUCUUCCCCACUCCCAUGGAUUGUAUCCUAUGGCCCCACCUCCCAUGGCCGUUGGAUUGCCUCCUUCGCUCAUCCCAAAUGGUGUCGGGAUCCACAGCAACGGGCACAUGAAUGGUGCAGCGAGACCUUGGUUCAAUCCUACUUGAAGCCAGUUGCAGAAUCUUGUAGUUCUGUAUUAAGUCACAGUGAUCAUCUUUCAUCUGGCUGGUAUUUUUUCUUUACCGGUAGAGCUCAGUGAAAUUUCCACGUGAAAGGGCUUUCCACCAAUUUUUUUUCCCUCAAUUCUUCUAAUAUUUCAUAUUUUCAUUUCAGCCUUCUUUAGAGUCAUCUCUUGGCAUUUGAACUGGUAGAACCGUGGGAUGGUCUGUUAAAUAAAUAACAGAAAGGGGAAAUGCAUAGUAAGGGAAGGGAAAAUAGGGUUGUAAUAAUCAAAUGUAAGAAUGUGGAAAAUCCAAGGGAACUAGCAGUUGCAAAUGCCACAUUUCGUUCUUUUGUUGGAAAAAGCAUAUCUGGAAAAUUUUGGAAUUUUGUUGUGCCA